UUUCUCCUGAGUCAGGCAGAGGAGAGGAAGCAGGCGGAGCAGCAGGGAAAGGAACUGUUUGCAGACAAGGGCUUGGAUUCCUCAGAGAGGACUCUGUGGGAAACCAGAGAGAGGCUGUUGGGUGACCAAAUGAUGCCAUCAAGACAUGCUCCUCCAUCUUUUCAUGGUGCUGGAGGGGAAGCAGCGGCUGUGGAACCAGAUCAAGGUCCAGUGUGCUUUGAAGAUGUUGCUGUUCAUUUCACAGAUGAGGAAUGGGUGUUGCUGGAUCCUGACCAGAGAGCUCUGCAUAAGGAAGUCAUGGAGGAGAAUCGUGAGGUCAUGGACUCUCUCAGUAAGACUCCCUCUUGCUUCAUAAUUUCUGUUUUGAUAUUGAGUAUUGUGACAAACCUCCAGUAAUUGGAUGGAGCUCAACAGCACCAUCUACAGCAUCAAGGAUUCUAACUCCCCAAUGGAGGACUAUCAACUGUUUUGUCUGUGCAUAUUCUCCCUCCAGUUAGGCUUCAGAGCUGUUAGGAAAGUUGAAACAGCUUCUGUCAGGGUUUUUGGUUGACUCAAGAGAAAACUAACAUUGGAGAUGGAGAAGAAUCCAUGAUUGGGCAAAGCAAAAUCCAUCCCAGAAAAGAGUCAGGCUUUAUUG